UUCUUAAAUAUUUAUCAUUGAAAAUUAAAUCCAUAAAGGGUCAGCUCCCUCAAAAAGCCGCCCCUCUUUCAAAAUCUCUCUGGAAAACGCUCUCCCUCAAACCCAAAGAUCUCUCUCCCAACUCUCUCAUCCAAACGCUAUCUCCCCCAAAUCCAAAGAUCUCUCUCCCAACUCUCUCAUUCAAAGUUUAAAGAAGAUUAUACAAUAUGGACUAGUCAUGGAGAAGAUGAUAAUAGUUUUGUCACAUCUCAACACUAUGUUGCUGGUGAAAGUUGUGGGGCGGUGGAACCUGAUGUCCAAAAUUAUAGAAUGCACGACAUGAUUCGAGAUGCGUAUGGGAUGCAUUCUGAUUUUGAAUCUGGUGAUCUUGUUGAAGAAGCUCCCAAUGAUGAAUCAAAACCUUUAUUUGAACAGUUGGAAGCUUCUAGUCGGCCUCUAUAUGAGGGGAGUCCACACUCUCAAUUGUCUAUUGCUGUUAGGUUAUUAAGUAUCAAAUCAGAUUGAAAUAUUCCUCAAGGGGCAAUGGAUGCUGCGAUUGACCUUAUGCAUAAAUUAGUUGAACCGAAUCUAGAGAUACCUAAUAAUUUCUACAAGGCAAAGAGGUUGGUGUCAAAGUUAGGAUUGUUGUCGAUGAGAAUCGAUUGUUGUGAAAACGGCUGCAUGUUAUACUACAAGGAUGACAUUAAUCUAGAAUCUUGUAAGUUUUGUCAAAGAGCCUAUUUUAAAAAAGCUCCUAGCAGAAAGAAAGUUGCUGUGAAGGCGAUGCAUUACUUACCUCUUAUACCAAGUCUAAAGAGGUUAUAUGUAUCAAAUAGGUCAGCUCUUCACAUGAGAUGACAUCAUGAAAAUAGAAGACCACCUGGUGUUAUGUGUCUCCAUCUGAUGGAAAGGCCUGGAAGCAUUUUGAUAUAAAAUAUCCAGAGUUUGCAGACGAACCACGGAACAUUAGUUGGGUUUAUAUUCGGAUGGAUUCACUCCAUACUCUGUUUCUGCUACACCAUAUUCUUGUUGGCCUGUAUAUUUGAUACCAUAUAAACUUCCACCUGAUAUGUGCAUGACCAGUCCUUAUAUAUUUCUCAAUUGUAUUAUUCCUCGCCCGCGUAAUCCAAAAAUCAUGAUUGAUGUAUACUUGCGACCUUUGAUUGAUGAGUUGAAUCAAUUGUGGAUUGAAGGGGUUGAAACAUUUGAUGUGUCGCUUAAGCAAAAUUUUAAUUUGCGGGCUGUCUUAAUGUGGACUAUUAGUGAUUUUUCUGCUUACGAAAUGUUGUCUGGGUGGAUGACAGCUGGCGAGUUAGCAUGUCCUUAUUGUAUGGAAAAUACUAAAUCAUUCGCUUUGAAACAUGGCCCAAAAAAUUGCUGGUUUGAUUGUCACCGUCGGUUUUUGCCCAUGGAUUAUGAGUUUAGGAAUAUGAAAAAUGCAUUUAGAAAGAAUAUGGUUGAUCGAGACUGUCCACCUCCAAUCUAUAAGGGGGAACAUAUUUGGGAGUGGGUUCAACACUUUCCAAAGGUUACAGAAGAACAACCGUACAAAUUUGAUGGGUAUGGUGUUGCACAUAAUUAGACAAAACAGAGUAUAUUUUAGGAAUUAUCAUAUUGGAAGGAUCAUCUUCUUCGACCUAAUCUUGAUCCCAUGCAUAUUGAAAAAAAUUACUUUGAUAAUUUAUUCAACACAGUAAUUAUUCACUUACAAUGGACCAAAAACGUAAGAUAUGUGAAUGGUUUGAGCAACUGAAAAUGCCUGCGGGUCAUGCUUCAAAUUUGUUGAAGCGUGUUGAUAUGGAGCACGAAAAGUUAUUUGGUAUGAAGAGUCAUGAUUGUCAUGUUUUCAUGGAAACGUUACUCCCCAUAGCAUUUAGCAGCUUGCCUGAAAGAAUCUGGAAACCCAUGACUGAAAUUAGUUUGUUUUUCAAAGACUUGUGUUCCAGCACAUUGACGGAAGAGAACCUGAUUCGGAUGGAACGAAAUAUUCCUAUAAUUAUGAAUAUGCUAGAGAAGAUUCUUCCACCUGGAUUUUGGGAUGUGAUGGAAAAUCUUCCUAUGCAUCUUGUGCAUGAAGCUCGUCUUGGAGGUCCGGUUCAAGCUCGAUGGAUGUAUCAAUUUGAGAGGGAAACGGCCAAUUUCUGUUCGUAUUACUUUACAAGUGAUGUUCCAUGUUCAAGAAAUAGGCCCAAUCAUCACGACGAUGGCGGUGAGGUUGCUAGAGAGCCGUUAUCAAUCUUGAAUCAACCUGGCGAAGGUUCAAAAAAUCGUACACGGAGGCAUCUUAGUUCAAUGGAGUUUAAGUCUGCAUCAAUACAUGUAUUGUUGAAUUUCCCUCAAGUUAAACCAUUUCUUGACUACUUUGUGCAGUUGUAUGGCAAUGAUAAAGUGUUUGACUAUUUUUCAACAUGAUUUAAAGAUUAUGUGAGUUUUGCAUUUUUUUCAUAAUGCUAUAAUUAUUAGAAAGUCCACAUUUGAUUAAUGCUAAUUUUCUGCUCUCGAAUAUUUUUAGGUUUAUAAUACAAGAAAUGGUCAGUUUGAUCAUUUCUUGAAGGAUUUAUCUUGGGGACCCAUUAAGGUCUAUUUUAUGGAAAAGUAUCCAGUGAAUGGUUUUAAAUUCAAUACCAAAGAAUUCUCCAAACAUAAAAAAAUUUAAUAAUAGCGGAGUUUGGGUAAAAGGUGAUGAUGGAGAUCAAAAUGGGUUUGAUUAUUAUGGGGUACUUUAGGAGAUUUUAGAAAUGGAGUACUCUGGUCGGCCGAAAAAAAAAUUGUAUUGUUUAGAUGCAAGUGGUUCGACCCUACCCCAAAUAGAGGAAUGAGGGUAAUCAAACAAUAUAAUAUCAUUGAAGUAAGACACACAAGGGAGUAUGGGCCGUACGAUCCUUUCAUUAUUGCUCAUAAUGCUAAGCAAGUGUAUUAUGCUCCUUAUCCCUUGCGUCCAGAUAAAUCGAAUUGGUGGGCGAUAAUCAAAAUCAAGUUUAUGGGUUGAGUGGAAGUUGAAAAUGUGUUAGAUGUUGCAUACCAAGCUGAUGACAUAUCAUGUGUUCAUCAACCAGUGGAUGUUGACUUAGAAGAUAAUUUAGAGUAUCCUAAACACAUAUUGGAAGAGGUUGAUAUAGAAGAAGUAGAAUUGGCAGCAAAUGAAGAGAUGAAUGAAUCAAAUGAUGAAAAUAAAAGAGUAGAUGAGGAAAAUUAGUUAGACGAGGAAGAAUGGUCAGAAGAGAAAGAAUGGUCAGAAGAAGAAGGAGGGGGUCAGAAGAGGAGGAUGACGACAAGGCAGAAUGAUAAUUUGAAAUAAUACAUCUGCAGUUUUUUGUUUCUUUGUUUGAUUUAGUUUAUUCUUUUUUUCCCUAAUUUGAUCGAUGUAGUUUUUUUUUACUCUAUUUCUACUUUUAGCUGAGAAUUAUUGGUUUGAUUUAAUGUUAUUCUCAUUUUAAGUUUUAUUUGGAGUUCUUGAAGUGAAACUUGCUACUUUAAUCUCUGAUUGGUAUGUUUCUCAAAAUAAACUGAUGUGUCUACGUCUGAGUGCGCAUUGAUAGUUUUCAGGUUUGUUUUUUAUCUUUCAUUGAUGUUACAUGUGUUACACCAUACGUAUGUCAUAGGUUUGGCUUUCCUCGCAUACGGUUAUAUGGUAAGAAUGUGUACAUUUACGGUGUUAUGGUUUACUUGAAGAUAUUAUAUGAAAAUUUAUGUAGAUGGUAGAAGGCGAUAAGGAUAAGGGUACUGCUAAUGCUCC